GAGAUCUUUCAUUCUCAAUCCAGCUUACCGCCUAUUAUGCCAACUCUUCAGCCUCUCAUUUGAUUUCUUGAUAUUAGAACCGCUCCCUCAAAAGCAAUGUCAAGUCGUUUAAAGGACAGGAUGCGGCAAGAUCGCAGACAGGCGCUCUUUGGCAACUCUCCCCCGCCCCCGCGACAGCCUGCCCCCUACCCCGAAGGCGAGAUCAUAUAUCGCUGUAAUGAUCGUUAUAUCGUGCGGCACGGUGAUAGCAUCACUAAAUACACGACAAACCCCGACGGAAUGGGCGCCAACGACCAUCCGAAUGAGGAGCUGGCGCUACGCUUUGUGAAAGCGCACACCACAAUCCCAGUGCCCGAGGUCAUCAGCAGCGACUGGGACCGCAUCACCAUGGAAUACGUUGAGGGCCAGACGCUGCAGCAGGCGUGGCCGAUGCUGACCCCCGACCAGCGCUCCGACAUCCUGGCCCAGCUCAGCGAUUACAUAGCGCAGAUGCGUGCCCUGGGCGGCAUCUACCUUGGCCGUCUUGACGGUCAAGGCGUGGUGGUGCCGUGUAUCAUGACGCGUUCGGGUGGACCAUUCGGCACCCUGGUCGAGUUGCAUGACUGGCUUGUUCAGCCGCCGAAGCGGUUGCAGAUCCAGUCCAUGUACUGGCACCAAAUCACAGCCCAGCUUAGCACUGAGUAUCCAAUCGUGUUCACGCAUGGCGAUAUUGCCUCACGAAAUAUCAUAGUGCGUGAUGGACGCAUCGUUGCCCUUUUGGAUUGGGAGUUCGCAGGGUGGUACCCAGAGUACUGGGAAUAUGUAUUUGCGCUGCGGGGGAUGGAUAAUGUUGACUGGGAGACACUAGGCCGCUAUCUUCCCUCUCUUUUUACCAAGCGCUACGAUCUAGAAUACAUCCUCAUGAGACUCAUCCUCACUCUCUACUAGUAACAAAAACUAAACCAGCCAACAGCCCCUUUAAGUAAACUGAUUUGUCAGUUUCUUCUCUACGAAGUUGUACUAUUUCUACGUUUAGAAUCCGUUAGAUACAAGCUCUUAGAGGCCCUCAAGCGUAAAGUUUUAGCAGUUCUAAUCACUUAUCUUACUCUCAA